GAAAGGCGCCGCGGUUCCGGGCGGGAAGGGGAAGGGCGGGAAGGGGAAAGGAAGUGGGAAGCGGAAGAUUCCGGAAUUUCAUGGAAUCAAGUUGCGACCGGUGUUCUGGUCGCAGAUGCACGAUGUGGAUGCUGGUACAAGAACUACUCUGACGUUAUUUUCUUACUACCUUGUGCGCGUGUAUACCAGCAGCUGUGAUGUUGUUAUGAUGGAGAAGAACGGGAAGUCUGUCGAUGUACUUCCCUCGAUCUCGUCACAGUCUUGUGCUUGUUUUGUUUGUCAUCAGAACCUUGUAUAUUAAAACCUAACCUCCAACACGCUUCGUCAGCGUCCCUGUGGGCCAAGCUACCGAGCGGCAACAUCGGCGACGAGGAUAUUUCUUCCGAAAAGGAAAAGAUGAAACCCCCACAAAAUAACCCGGACGUUCCGAAUGUCGCCGCGGAGAAGAUGCUGGCGACGCUGAACCCAAAUUUCGAACAGCUAUUGGAACAACAAUUCCCUGUGACGCAAGCGAAGAUUCAACUCCAGGUUUCCGAUGCAAACAUGCUAAGCAACAACCCGAACAACCCCAUGAACCACGCCCAGCAGCAGGAGAAGAUUCUCACCAUUCUGGAUAGCAAGCGAAACCAACAUUUGUCGAUCGUCUUUAAACAGCUGCCCCCGCCGAACGCGAUUAUCGAUGUUUUGAACGGCAUUGGGCCGCCACUAACCCCGGAGCAAGCGACUUUGUUGUACAAGGAGGCUUUCAUCACGGACGCGGAAAAGAAAAAAAUGGGGGAAAUCCACGUGAGCCGAGCGCCGGGACAGUACUGGGGAACGCCGGAGCAAUAUUUUAUCGCGGUGACAAAGGUAUUCGUUUCGUAUGAGAGAAAUGGAAACUUCAAAGACUUGUAGUUCGAGUUGCUAGCUAGUUCUUUCGAUGUUGACGCUAUGACGAAAUAAGCUAGUUCUCCUGCAUCGAUUCAUCGCGAGAACCACUUUUCGUUUGUAUGCAAAAACGCAUCAAUACAAUUACAAUCACAUCAGGCCCCGCGCAGUUUUCAAGUUCUGCGCGCCUGGUCCUUCCUCGGCACCUUCGGCCCGCAAAGCGAAGAGUGUCGGCUGCAACUGAAGGAGUUUGAACAGGCGAUUUUGACCCUGCAAAACAACCCGCUUUUGGAAAAAAUCCUGCACAUGAUGCUCUUUAUGCAUUGCAAAUAUGUCUGGGUCUGGAAGGUUUCAACUUGUGAUGCUGGAUUUCGAUUCCACAAUAAAUCUGUAUUGCAUGAGCAGCAAAAGAACUCCAGUUUUUUCCAUGGCGAGAGCGCAUUUCUGAUGCGGUAUAGGCAUCAGGAAGCCGUCGUAAAAUCUGUGAUGCUAGGGCAUGCAUCACAGACAUCAGGAGUCAUGCAAAAUGUGCAUGACAAACCUUGCAUCCUUCCAGACCCAGACACUUUUGCACUUGAUGCUCUUAGUCGGGAACCGAAUGAACGCCGGAACGGUAAGGGGCAACAGUAGAGGAUUCAACAUCGACUCAUUGCACAAGUUCGGCGAGUUAAAGAACGUCGAGGGAAACCGCACGUUGCUCUCCUUCUGUCUCGAGUUUGUCUCCAAUUCUGUGAUGCCGAGUAGCGAAGUUGCGGAAAACAACGUGAGUAUGACCGGUGUAACGACAAACUCAUCUUCAAACAACACUGCUACUGCGAACAAGCCGAACCCCUUCCACGAGGUGACCCAGUGGCGCAAGAAAAUUCAGCUCGGGAAGCGGGUUUGCCUAGACGAAAUUCACAAAAAGAUCGAGGAGCUGAAAGAAGAAGCGAAGCUUUGCUCGCAGGACUGCUACCAGGAGGCGGAGCGGAACCCGGACGUGACGACGAUCAACAGCUCGCCCCUGCUGAGAAUAGCCGCGGACGUGGUGAUAUGAAAUGCAAAAGUGUCUGGGUCUGGAAACUUGUGAUGCUAUAAUGUGCAUGAUGAAAACGCAACGCUCUCGAAUGCAGUCCGGCAUGACUACUUCCCAAAGCGCUUUCUCAUAGGCGAUCGGCAUGAGAAGCUGCGUUUUUGCAUGACAAAAGAGGCUGCGACUUUUGUUGGUUACUUAUGCAAUACAGAUUUUCUACCUAGGUAUGGAAAACUACCAUUACAAGUUCCAACAUUCCAGACCCAGACACUUUUACAAUCCAUAGGUGAAAUACGCCGGGGAGUGUCAGCAGCUGGACGACUGCUUGCAGCAGGUAAGGGAAACUUAUGUGAAGACGCUGAAGUAUUACGCAGUGAAGGUGCAGGAAGGUGUGGGUGGAGGUGGAAAUGGUUCUUCAGAGAACAGUCCCAGUAACGCAGUGCAGCUCCCCCCGGGAGAGGAUUUCUUGCACCCCUUUGACGAAUUGUUCGGACAAAUUUUAACGAUUCAAAAACGGGGGUAUUGAUGAGGGGGAUAGCCAUAGCGAUAGAAAGUCUUCGUCACAUCGUGCGGGACUUGUUCCGCGUGCAAGAUGUUAGUGCACCUGGCGACCGCGUAGCUAGAGCUACUAGACAGACAUGAAUACUUACUAUCUGGAUGCGAUUGUUAGUGUUAGUCGCUCUCGCUCUCUAUUGGCGAAUGCGACAGCAAAGAAAAGAACGCGCUAGAUUAAUUCGGUUUAUUUUUACAGUAAAGACAGCAGGUACUUCUAGUACUAGCAGCUACUAUUUACGACGGCAUUAACUAUUAAAGCAAACAACUAUGUUGAUGUACCAAAACAAUUUUACUCGGACUUAGCAGCAGGCUUCUACAAGCAAUAUUCAGAAACACCACUGUAACAAAUUGCAAUCAGUAUGAUUUCGGAUUAUCAUCUAUCACCACUAGUAGUAAAGCAGAAGAACUGUAACUGACCUCUAAGACCACUUACCUUGAAGAUGCAACAGCUAAAAGACCGCGCGGGAGGAAAAAGGAAACGGCUGGGAAAUGGAAUAGCAUCAUAUCUGUCGGCGUUGUUUUGUGACCACCUCAUUUCUCACCGUCCGGCUGGCACUUCAAAAACUUUCAAAUUUUGGCGACACUAAAUGACGGCGCAAGUGCUUCAAGGAAGAGGAAUUAGUAAAAACCAGUUUCCCGCCUUGUAAUGGGCGUCCGGACCCUUCCGCUGACCCUCAGGUGUUGAGGAGCUCAC